UGUUCUUUCUGGUCACUACACGAAUUCUGUAAUACCUGUGACGUUGAAUCACCUUGUCCUAUCAGGAAACAGGAGAGCUAUAAAUCACCCUCCAGUGAAGAAUUACAGCCAAUUCCACAACUACCUGAUGAAAGACAGAAGAAACUUCUGAUCUUGGUGGAAACAAAAGAGAUGAUUCUGCCAGCAGUGUUCCUGUGUCUCACAGCUGUGCUGCCUCCAUCCACUGGACAGGAGACUGCAGCUCUCAGUGCUCUGUCAAGCAGCAGAGCAGAGCAGCAAAAGUUGAUUGUUGACAGACAUAAUGCCCUCAGGAGAGGAGUAAAACCAACUGCCAGCAACAUGAUGAAGAUGGAAUGGUGUCCUGCAGCUGCAGAGAAUGCCCAAAAUUGGGCCAAUCAAUGUACUUUAAGGCACAGUCCUCCUAAUUUGAGGAGAACCAAUGUACUUUGUGGCGAAAAUCUCUUCAUGUCCUCUGUCCUGUUCUCAUGGUCAGAUGUUCUUCAGGCUUGGUACAAUGAGGAGAAAAAUUUUGAAUAUGGAAGUGGGGCAAAAACAAAAGGUGCAAUGUUUGGCCAUUACACUCAGAUGGUUUGGCACAAUUCUUAUAAAAUUGGAUGUGGUUUCGCUUUCUGCAGCAACACUACGUACAGUUACUUUUAUGUCUGCCAGUACUGCCCCGCGGGAAACCUUAUAAGUUCAAUGAAGACACCCUACAAGGAAGGAGAGCCCUGUGGGGAUUGCCCCAAUGCUUGUGAGGAUGGAUUAUGCACCAAGCCUUGAAAGUUUGAAGAUGCUUUUUUCCAACAUUCCUGUCAAAGUGUCCAGGAUGUACCCAGAGCUUCAUCAAGUCCACUGCUCUGCUCCUGUAAAUGCAAAACUGGAAUAGAAUAACAGGGUCAGCUUUUACCUUCUUGGAUAUACAUCUCCUUCAUGAAUUCUUCCACAAACACUGAUUCCAUCCUGCCUCUCCAACAUAUGCAGAAGGCCUGACUUCAGUACAGUGACUCACACAAAAAAAUCUGUAGGAUGAUGUACAUAUUCUAUUUAUAUAAUGGUCCAGAACAGGGUAGAAAUCUUGAUUUAAAUUUGUUGUUUGUUUGCCAGGUAUAUUUAAUUAUUAGCUUUUCUCUUCUUUCUUUUCCCAAAAUGUUAUUGAAUAAAAAAUUUUAAAGGUCUGUGGCUCCAUAUGUUUAUUAUGUUCUUGGAGUAGAUAGAUAGUGCUUGGUCAUGUAACUAAUUUUAACUUGAUUGAAAAUUUAAACUAUUGUACUGUUACAGGACCAGAAGAUAAACAGUAUUGCUUGAAAUAUGUAAUUCUUAAAAGAAAUUAGGAGAGCAGACCAGUUUCCUGUAGAUCUAUUCUGGUUUAGAAUCUGUUGCUGACAUAUGUUCUACUGUAAAAUGCUCAGUUGUGAAAAAACACAAAAAAUACCCCCAGAAAACACACCAAAUGCAGUUAAUUUAAAUUAAGAAUCCUGUUUAUAGUGUAAGAUUGCAUUUAAAUACAGGUAACCAAACCUGUCUUGUAAAGAAAAUAGACUGUCUGAGAAAAGGGCUUAAUUCACAAUAACAGAUGGGGGAAAGGUGCCUGCAUUUGGAAACUUUAUUUUUCAUAACAAGUAGACAUGUGUUUCAAUUUUUUUUAAUAUGUUCUUUCAUUGUAUCAGUCAUUAAAUUACUUGUUCUUCACUGACCAGUUCAUCAUAAUUUUCAUACUUUCUUGUUCCCAUGAAAUAA